CGCGGUACCGAGCGAGCGCCGGUGGAGGGGACGGCGCUAUGGGCGAGCCGACGGUGCAGGCGGUGGCGGUCGCUGGGGCUCAGCUCCUGCCCCGCUUAGGGCUGAGCGGCGGGCGGGCCUGAGCGGUAGAAACGGAGUCCCGGGCCCGAACUCCGGCAGCCGGUGAGAAGGGCUGCCCUCGUUCCCCAUCAUCGAUGCCCCGCCAGCUGCGUCCCGAGAAACGGCAGCGUGAAAACGCCCGGGAGAGGCUGAAGAGUACCAGGGGAUUUUAAUUAAAACAUAAACAUGAAGAAAUUGAAGCUUAAAGAACUAGAAAGCUGUCUUCAACAAGUUGAUACUUUUGAAAAUCCAAAACUACUCCUUGAACAGUAUCCAACAAGACCUCAUAUUGCAGCAUGUAUGCUUUAUACAAUUCACAAUACUUUUGAUGAUAUUGAAAACAAAACAAUUGCAGAUUUAGGAUGUGGUUGUGGCAUGCUCAGCAUUGGAAGUGCAAUGUUAGGAGCAGGAUUCUGUGUGGGGCUUGACAUAGAUGCAGAUGCACUGGAAAUAUUUAAUAGCAAUAUUGAAGACUUUGAUCUCACGAAUGUCAACAUGGUUCAGUGUGACAUCUGUUCUUUAUCUGACAGCAUGUCAGAUACUUUUGACACAGUUAUUAUGAACCCUCCUUUUGGUACCAAGCAUAACAAAGGAAUUGAUAUGAUUUUUCUGAAAACUGCUCUACAAAUGGCAAAAACAGCUGUAUAUUCCCUUCACAAAACUUCAACACGACAGCACAUCCAAAAGAAAGCAGCAGAAUGGGAAGUGAAGAUGGAAGUCUUAGCAGAACUUAGGUUUGACUUACCAGCAUCGUACAAGUUCCAUAAGAAGAAAUCAGUUGACAUUGAAGUGGAUUUCAUUAGAUUUUCUGCCAAAAAAGUCCUGAACUGAGGCAUGUAUUUAAAAUCUAUUGAAAAUGGAACAAUAAAACCACUAUUUUU